UAUCCGGUGUGUCACUCUCAGUCCAACUCGAUGUGGACCGUCUUUUUUAGCAACAAAUGAUUUUAAUUUUAUAUUUUCUGGCACUGUUGUUGUGUAUUUUGAUCCUAUAUUCGUGAUAAUGGACGAGAAGGAGGACUGAAAAUGUAGCUCACUACAUUAGCAUCUCGAACUAUCGACCUUCUUGUCACGUGACACUAUCAAAAAAAGCUCAUGUUUACGGUUCUAAAGCAGACCAACCCUGAAGUGACACCAGAACCAAGACACCACCAUGUCCUCCUGCGGCGUCCGCAGAUGUCACGCCGGCGCCACGGAGAACAAUCUUGAAGAAGGAGAAAAUGUCACCAGCUUGCUGCUGGGUUUGUUCUCCCAGGAUGCAAACGGACUACUCUGGACCGGGCGUGAAGAGCGAAAGGUGAUUAGAUGAUCAGGCCCAGGUGGGCCAUCUACUCACCCUUCGCUGAGCUCGAAGCCAGUCCUGGCACACCCCUGUUUCGCUGCAGGACCGCAGGCCACGCCCCCACUCCACAUGGACUUUUGAGCUAACUCCUGGAAAUGACCAAAGGAAGUGUCCGCGAUGUCCGGAGAGGAAGACGGCGGCGCCCGACUGCAGUGUUGUGUGACCACCGAGCACCUGAACGCAUCAGGGCAGACCGCCCGCAGGCAGGUCAUCCGCAAGGCGACUGUUAUCCUGGGACGGAAUGAGUUCCAGGAGCUCGUCCUCCGUAUCUGCGAUGGCAAAGUCUCGCUCAAUUAUCCUCUCGGCGACUUCAGACUUUUCACCAAGUUCGCCCGCGAGGGGAAGUGCACGGUCCAACCGCUCCCCGGGGACACCCAGGUGUUCAUCUCCAACUGCCCCCCCGACCAGCUCGGCCUCUUCCUGAGAACACUGAGCAUCAAACACCGGGCCAGGAUGGGCAGCAAGGCUCUGAGCGGCCGGGAGAAACUCAAAGCCGGAUUGCCCCGCAGCUUUGAGGCCAUCAGCCCCCUGCAGCAGAAAGACCUCCAGAAGGUCAACGAGCUGAGAAGUAAAGUUCCGCCCAAAGGCCUUUCAGAGCGCACCAACAUUAGCGCAGGAAGUGGACGGCAGGUCAAAAGAUCAAGAAGUGACUGCGACUUCAGCCCGGUGAAAGCCAACCCCAGCAAGAGGCCCAUCCUGUCUUUACCGUCCCGCAAGCUAAACAAAGGACAGGCUGCUGUCCUCAGCGCCGUGCUGGGUGGAAAGAACGUUUUCUUCACAGGCAGCGCAGGGACCGGGAAGUCCUUCUUACUGAAGAGAAUCAUCGGCUCGCUCCCUCCCAAGAGCACCUUUGCCACCGCCAGCACGGGAGUGGCUGCCAGUCACAUCGGAGGAACAACGCUGCACAACUUUGCAGGUAUUGGCUCUGGCUCAGCCCCUCUGGAGCAGUGUAUCGAACUGGCCCAGAGGCCCGGGGUCCUGCAGCACUGGACCAGCUGUCGACACCUCGUCAUCGACGAGAUCUCCAUGGUCGACGCGGCGUUCUUCGACAAGCUGGAGUGUGUGGCCAGGUCAGUGAGGAGGUCCACCGAGCCAUUCGGGGGCAUCCAGUUGAUUAUUUGUGGGGAUUUCCUUCAGUUGCCUCCAGUUUCGAAAGGGAAGGAAAAGGCCAAGUUCUGCUUCCAGGCCAGAUGUUGGCGUAAAGUCAUCCAGGUCAACAUGGAGCUGACUGAGGUGCGGCGACAAACGGAUCAGUCCUUCAUCUCCCUCCUGCAGGCGGUGAGGUUGGGAAGGGCGACCGAGGAGGUGACCAGCAGACUGAUGGAGAGCGCCCAGCGUCAGGUGGACCGGGACGGUAUCGUAGCAACCAGACUGUGCACACACAAGGACGACGUGGAGCUCACCAACGACAACAAGCUGCAGCAGCUGGCAGGCACGGCGCGACUGUUCGAGGCCGUGGACAGCGACCCGGCCUCUGUGAGGACGAUGGACGCCCACAGCCCCGUCAGCAGACUGCUUCAUCUCAAAGUGGGAGCGCAGGUCAUGCUGACAAAGAACCUGGAUGUCACUCGGGGUUUGGUGAACGGCGCCCGAGGGGUCGUUGUGGCUUUUGAGCCGGGAAAACACGGACUCCCACGUGUGCGCUUUUUGUGCGGCGUCACCGAAACGCUGAAGCCUGAACGCUGGGUGUUCAAGUCGGCGGGCGGAGCACACCUGUGCCGACUGCAGCUGCCACUCAAACUGGCCUGGGCUGUUUCCAUCCACAAGAGUCAGGGGAUGACCUUGGACUGUGUGGAGAUCUCCCUGGCCCGUGUCUUUGAGAGCGGCCAGGCCUACGUGGCCCUGUCCCGGGCUCGGAGUCUGGAGGGUCUGAGGGUUAUGGACUUUGACCCGCGUGUGGUGCGGGCCGACCCCGAGGUGCUUCUCUUCUACAAGAAGCUGAGGAAAGAGAGGCUGCUACUGCAGACUGCCAUGGAGGAUUAUGUUGACAGCGACAACAGAGAGAAUCUCCGGUGAGAUAGUUUCUGCAGCCUCCAACUUUAUUGCACUUGCUACAAGGUGGGAAACCUCCACCCUCUUGUGGUCUUUUAUUGCCAUCCAAGAUGUAGACAUCUUGUAUGCCAUCAUGUGUUCGAUUUUGUCUUUUUUUUUUUAAAUAAAGAUUUUUAAUUUAA